GGAAGGGCGGGCUGGCCGGCUGGAUACAGUGUGCCUCGAGUGUAACAAUUCUGUGGGAGCAGGGAAUCCUGGAGCGCGGUCCCGAGCCUCGAGCGGGGGAUCCCUGGUCCGGGCACAGUACAUCACAUGGACCCUAACGGAACACAGCUGGAGGCAGACUUCUCCCAGCAGGACACCCCGUGCUUGAUCGUGGAGGACUCCCAGCCGGAGAGCGUGCUGGCGGAGGAUGACCCGGAGCGGAGUUACCGGUGCCUGCAGGCCAGGUGCCUGUCGAAUCUGCAGGCACCCACUCCGAGCCCUGUCCUGGAGCUGCUAACUGGCCAGUCGGCACCCAAGGUCUCAACUGGAGGCAAUGAGGAGCAGUCGGGACAGAGAGAGCCGCACAUCAAGGUCGUGAGCACCGUGGAAACGGUGACGGGUCACAGGUCGGACGAGCGCUCCACUCCCUCGUCUGAAGAUCAGCCGCGACCAAAUGGACAGUCCAGCACCCUGGACACCUGCAGAAACCCACAUGAGGGAAAAGGUGACGUCACAGAUCUCACGACCAACUCUGUCAUUGCUGAAGAGUCUUCUCAGGCUGGCCUGGGUCUGCUGGAAUUGUCUGAGAGUCAGGAGAUCGAUCCCGAAGCCAGUACCACCGAGGGAGGCGGACACGAGCCUGUGCCGGAGGAGGUGAACGUAGACUCGGACUCUCCCAGGAAGGAGCCAGGACCUGUUGACGACACUGGAGCUGCCUCCCAUCUCCCGGUGGUAGCCGGGCCCGUGGCUGGACAAACCCCUGAGAGGUCGGAGGUCACAUCCAGUGUCCCCGCCCCCCUGUGGCAGGAGAAGCUGGGAGCUGGGAAGGAGGUGGUAGUCCAGUUUGUGGUGCCUCGUGGACUCCCAGUCGAGAAGAGUGCCCCUCACCCUGAUCCUGAAAAUCUCCAGAUCGUCUCCACACAAGAGGACGUGCUUGUGACGACUCAACCGGGUCCCAGCGCAGAAGCACCCGUGGGAAAGCAGUGUGUCUUGGCUGUUGGAGUUGACCGCCUCCAGGUUCUCCACCUCUCUGGGCACCAGACGCUGGCACAGGAGAGCCUCUCAGAAAGCUCUGUCAACGUUGUUGACCCUUCGCAGGAGUCGUUUGGGCCGACCCCCAUGAUUGUCCCCAGCAGCCCCACGGAGCAGGGUGAAGAGGAGCCAAUGGACACUUCUGCACCCCUUGCCGAUGUCGAUGAGCCAGGAAAGCCGCCGUGUGAGGGAGAGGAGCUGAUGGAAAUGGACCAGCCUGAGCCAGCUUCUCCUCGGCCGCAGGCAUCCACCCCAGUGUUGGCCUCAGCCCCCGCAUUCACCCCCAGCCAGCUGGUUCCUGUGCCAACACUGCCCAAUCUAUCUCAAGAUUUUUUUAUGCCCACUCCAAGUCUGACAGAAAACGUUAACAGCAGCAGAGGGGUUAAAUCCACCCGAGCUCAGGCAGAGUGUCAGGCGAAGGCACCGGUGCAAGAGGAGGGAGAUGUGCGAUCGGACAACAGAUCAGUAGUGAAGGAGCCUGAGGCUUUGGGUGCCAGGAAGAUGGUUGAGGGAUCGGGGGAGCCAUUUGAGCUGAGGCUGUCCACCAGCCAGUGGACACAGCCGAUGGAAACGGACGAAGGUGCCAAUCUGGAGGACAGCGAGGCUACGCAGGUUGAGGAGGGGAUUACCACAGAAAUCGUUGUGGUAGGUCAGUUGGAGGAAACCCAGAAUCUUCACCUGCGGUGGACUGGAGAAAGCCAAGCAACCUCGUCCCAUGUUCCUGACGGACAUACCCUUGAAGAACCUGGCACCGAACCCAGAGAGAAAGCUGAAAUGAAGGAGCUGAGAACCGGUGGAGCGUCCGAGAGGUCGGAGGGGUCUCAGCCACCGCCGGCGCCUCAGUCUCAAGGCGUGGCGGUCCACCCUUCCCUGGAGGGGGCAGACUUGCCCAGGGACACAUUAAUAGCAAAAGCAGCGAUUGUCAGCAAGAGGCCAGUGGAUGAGGGAGAGGAAGGGUCUGUGUCACAAGGUGAGAAACAGGGAUGUCUGGGUCCUGUUGACCACAACAUUGAAGAGGGGACUGAUGGAGGGAUCCUUCAGGCGUCCCAAAGCCAAGUGGACUCUGGAACAAUUGACAAGGAGGGCGAACCCAUGGAGCAGGACACUUGUGACUCAGUUAACGUCCUGUCCAGAGGAAGCUCACAUCCACACGGUUUGGAAAGGUCGCAGCCUCCAACUGCAGGUAAUGAAAGGAGGGAACGCUCCGAGGAGGACAACUGCGUGGGAAGCCACGUUGCCCUAGGCAUCAAUCCGAACGAGGACAAGGAACAGAGCAGUGGGUCCCACCAGGUCUUGGAGCCCUCGCAGGGGAGCUGCCCGAUGCCUCCGGGGCAGCAGCAAGGCGUCCCAGGCGGCUGCCGGUCCUCGGGUGCAGGAGGCGCAGAGGCAGCGGGCCCCGGGAGGGACAUCCGAGUGGAGCUGGUGGUGAAGGUGCACGCCGAUGAUCCGGGCAGCCAGAGUGCAGAGAGCCCCCGACAAGAGCCGAGGGACGCGGAGACUUGGAACCACCGGAAGGCCGUGGAGGGACUGCCUCGGCCCAGUGGUGUCGAGCCUUCGACUGGGAGCCUGAAGGAGGAGAGUGAGGGGGAGCUGGCCGGGCGAGCGCACAAGCAGGGAGCUGAAGAGAACCGGUCGGUGAAGAGCCCGCUGGACAGCUCUGGUGAAAUUCCAUUCCACUUCACGCUCCCGAAGGAAGGUGACAUCAUCCGGCCCGUUAGUGGCGCCACCCCACCUCUCGUCAGCAAGUUGAAGCCCGGUCCUCGGCACAGCACUCCCAUCGAGCUUGCAGUGCGUUGCAUGGAAACCAGCGAUGCCACGCCAGGGGACACCAUGGCAGCCGGCGACGUGAUGGUGGAUGUGAGCCAGCAGGCCUCCCCGAGUCAGGAGUCUCUCUCCGUCUCGGCGACCAACAGCAAGCUGUGCCUGCGGAUGAGGAUGGAGACCCCCGUCGCAGAGGAGGGAGACCACUCGGAACUCUUUAGUCUAGAAAAGCCCGUGUUGUCCAGAGAAUCAACGUCUGCUGCUGGUGUGGUUGCCAGUGUUGUGAAGAGCCAGUCGGUGUUCAGUCGCGUGUGUGAGGCGAGGCGAGAGACGGAGGCGAGAGCACAGGAGGAGUCCACUGCACCCUUCCGUGCGACGUACAGCCUCCCGGACACCGAGGAGGAAUGCGACGAUCUGAGCCAGGGGCACGCGGCCUGGCAGACGAGGCGACGCUCCCAGUGCCGGGUCCUGGACACCCAGAGCCCUCCGGACGGCGGGGAAGGGGGCGAGGUCCGGGAAACCCCUGAGGAGUCCAUGCCAGAUCCCAGCGCUGGCAAGCCGAUGGGUAGGAGCCCGGAGGAGAGCGAGGAGGAGGUAAUGGAAUUUGUCAGCAGCAGCCAGGAGCUGGAGGCAGUGAAGGUGAGGGGAGGGGAGACUCCCGAGGCCAGGACUCUUCCGGCUGCGUUCAAGGAUGAUGGGAUAGAGAUGUCGGAUGUCACGGCGCCAGUGGAUGCCAGCGCAAGCGGGCAGGCUGUGUCUGGGGACGGGCGCCCCUGCAGUCCCCUGGAUCUCACGGUCAUGCACACCGGCACCCAGACCAGCAUCGCCAUCAGCAGCCCUUCCCAGGAGGGCUGCAGGAAGCUCCUCUCCUGUGACGCCAUGGUGCAGACGGAGGAGACGCCCGGGAAGCCCACCAUGCGGUCGAGAAGCACGUCCUACCACGUGAAGCAGGGAGCAGAUGAUCAAAGCACUGAAUCGCUUCCCAGUCAGGAGGAGGACGAUUUUGAGCUGCCAGCCCCUCCGGCCGGUUGUCACCUGCGCAGGCACGUCCGGACGAUCAGGGAGGUGCGGACAGUGAUAACCCGGGUCAUCACGGAUAUCAUGUAUGUGAACGGGCAGGAGGUGGACCGGAAGGUGAUGGAGGAGAGCGAGGAGCCGGUGCUGGAAAGUCGGGAGUACGAGAACGAGGGCUCCCCAUCCCAGGCCACCGGCUCCCUGACCUCGGGAGACCUGGCUGACAUCAGCUCCUUCUCCUCGAAAGCCUCCAGCUUGCUGCGGGCUUCCAGCGGGGCGAGCAGCGGUCUCUCGCUGGCACACAGCAGCAGCAGCGGCGGAGGGGCCGCGGGCCACACGGUGCACGAGAGGGGCAGGGGCAGCAGCGUCCCGCGAGGCAAGAUUGGAGGGACCGACUCCCGGGAGUUCGUUGUGCCUGUGGGCAGAGGUUCACCGAGCAAGCUGAGCCCGCGGAGGGUCGGAGCCCACAACUGGUCACCGAAGCACCUGUUGUCCGGUGUGGUGGAGAGCGACGAAGCUUCUGUGAACACCAGACCCGCCCCACGGAGCCCGGCUCCCCGGGGCCGAGGAAAGAGGGGGCGGCCCCCCAUCCGCUCCACGGUCAGCAGGGAGAUGAUGCACACUCUGCACCGUGCGCGAGGAGAGGACACCUCCAGCGCCACGUCCUCGGAGGAGCAGUGCAUCCCCAUCGCCGCCCAGCCCCCUGACAAGGCAGCAGCGUCUUCACUGCCCCGCUCGGGCUCGCCCGAGAUCCCUCCCCUGCAAAACCUGUCCCCCGCUGACCCCAAACUGCCCUCCUCCCAGAGCAGCAGCUUUGUGGGGCUGCGCGUGGUGGCCAAAUGGUCGUCCAAUGGCUACUUCUACUCGGGGACCAUCACCCGCGACUCGGGGGACGGCAGGUACAAGGUGCUCUUCGACGACGGCUACGAGUGCGAGGUGCCAGGCAAGGACAUCCUGCUGUGCGACCCCAUCCCCGUGGAGACCGAGGUGACUGCCCUGUCCGACGACGAAUACUUCAGUGCUGGUAUCGUGAGGGCCCACCGGAAGGAGCCUGACGAGUUCUUCUACUGCAUCGAGAAGGAGGGCGUGCAGAAGUGGUACAAGCGCAUGGCGGUCAUCCUCUCGCUGGAACAGGGCAACCGCUUACGGGAGCAGUUUGGCCUCGACCCCUGCGAGCCCAGCACGCCACUGGCCAUGGCAGCUGACAUCAGCUUGGAUAACCUGGUGGAGGGGAAGCGAAAGCGGCGGAGUAACGCUGGGGCCAGCACCCCGACGAGGAAGCAGGCGGAGAGCCCGAGGGCCCCACCCCUCACGGGCAAGAGAAAGCUCCUCAGUUCAGACGAAGAGCGGUCGCCAGCAAAGCGCGGACGCAAGCCAGGCUCCGGGAAAUCCGGGAGCGCGAAGCCAAGCAUCUUUGCAAGCCCCUCUGAGGGGGACACGUCCGGCGGGUCGGGCCCAUCUGUGGAAGCCCAGCACGGACCCCUGCCGAAGAGCCCCACCCUCUUCGUGGGGUAUGCCUUCAUCCUCACCGCAGCCACUGAAUCUGACCGACAGACAAAUAAGCCCCCCCACCGUGACGGGACGCUCAGCAGUGAGGAGGAGGAAGAGUACGUGGAGACCGCAGCCUACAAUAAGCAGUACACAGAGUCCCAGCUUCGAGCUGGCGGAGGAUACAUCCUUCAGGAUUUCAAUGAAGCCCAGUGCAAAGCUGCCUAUCAGUGCGUGCUGAUCGCCGACCAGCACUGUCGGACAAAGAAAUACUUGCUGUGUAUCGCCAGCGGAGUUCCCUGCGUGUCCAACCUGUGGGUGCGCGACAGCUGCCUCUCGAACCAGCUGCAGCCGUACCAGAACUACAUGCUUCCUGCUGGGUACAGUGUCGAGGCAGACCGCAUCCUGGAGUGGCACCCUCGCACCACCCCGUUCAAGAACAUGAAGAUGCUGCUGGUGUCGGAUCAGCAGGAGAACUUCCUCAGCCUGUGGCCGGAGAUCCUGAUGAUGGGAGGGGCGACGUCAGUCCGACAGCACAAUCCCACCACUCACGGCAAGGAUGUCCCUCUGGGGCUCUUCGACAUCGUGGUGACUGACCUCUCCUGCCCCCUGUCGCUGCUCAAGUGUGCAGAGUCGCUGUCCGUGCCGGUGGUCUCGCAGGAGUGGGUAAUCCAGAGCCUGGUGACUGGUCAGAGGGUCAGUCAGCACAGCCACCCCACGUACAAACACACUUACAAGCCCAGCUAAAAGGAGGCCCCUCCACCCAUCGCUCCCCCAACAGCCGAUCUGUUGUGCCGCUGUUUUACAUUUUCAAAGCUUUUAUCUGUCUGUGUUUGUAACUGCAUGUAUGAAAUGUACAUAGUUUUAUUGGUUUCAUUUUUAUUAAAAAAACAACAGAAUAAAC